CUUCGUUUCGACCCUUCCAGGCAAAAUACAAGUGCUCAUUUAGGCAGCACUCGGAGGAUCUCGAGUCUCAGGAAGCAUCAUGCUUAGCUUGCUGCUAACCGAUGGAGCAGGUGUGAGCGCAGUUUGUCGAUGAUUCUUCUUUCUGCUGCACUGCAUGCACCCUAGCUAGCUACUAUGGCCGAUCCGGUGGGUAGCCUCGAGAGGAUCAUUAAGGUGGGGCUGAGGAUCAAGGCGGCGGUGGACACGGUCCGCCGCAACGCGGUGGUGUGCCAGGAGAUCCGGAGGCGGGUGCUCAGGUUCAGCGCCGUGCUCUCGCAGCUGCAGCAGACGGGCGCCAUGGACGACAGCCCGGCCAUGGGCGUCGCCCUCUACGAGCUGGAAGAGACUCUCCAGCGCGCACUGGAGCUCGUCACGGCCUGCCAGGACCAGGACCGCCGGACCACCAGCGGCAUCGUCCGCCGCCUCCUCGGGGCGAGGAACCUGGCGAGGCAGCUGCGCGCGGUGAAGGACGAUAUCCUCAACAAGGUCAUGCUCGCGUCCUUCGCCAUCAACGCUCACACCACCAUCUUGCUGCUAACCAUGCAGACCGGUGGUUAUCUUCUGCCUCGGCUUCGACAGGAUACAGGAAUGGUGGAGAUAUCACAUUCACAUAGCAGGCAUUCAACUAAUGAUGCUAGAUCUGCACUGGACGUUGAGCAAAGCAAUGUACCUGGAGGAAGCGAGCAGACUACUUCUGUUAUAGCAUCCUUAAGAAAGUUUAUGCCAUCUGAAGUAUGGGUUGCAACAAAUGGAUACUCAACCAGCAACAUCAUUGGCCGAGGUGGAUCUUGCACAGUCUACAAGGGCGUACUGGAUGAUGGGAACAUGAUUGCUGUUAAGAUUUUUCAUGAUACUUCCUUGGAAUGUGCAAACAAGUGUUAUAGUCUAUAUGUUCUUGCUUCAAAGCUUCAGCACGAAAAUAUAGCAAAAGUUUUGGGAUACACAAAAGGCAGAGUUGGUCAAAAUAGUGAACAAAAAUACAUUUUGAUCGAAGAAUACAUUCCAAAGGGAACCUUGCGCAAAUUUAUUUAUGAACAAGAUUUGAAUUAUGCAGGACCCCAGCUGCUUUAUCAUUGGUUCUCUCUAAUGUGGAUAAUUAAGGGGAUAGCUCAGGGCAUACAUUACCUACAUGAGCAACACGUUGUCCAUUUGGAUCUGAAACCAGACAACAUCAUCUUGGAUUCAGAGAUGAAUCCUGUGAUCACUGAUUUUGAUCUAUCUAAAGUGUUGAAUGAUACCAACAUUCUACGAAAAAUGCACCAAAGCCAUACAAGGCCCGAAGCGUAUUCGAGGUGUACCCACCAAGAUGAUACAGAAACCAUUGACAACAACAAGAUAGCAGGCACAUUUCCAUACAUAGCUCCAGAGCAUACAACAGAUGGUAUUAUUUCAAAGAAGAGUGAUGUGUAUGCUUUUGGCAUCAUCCUCCUGGAGGCUAUCAGUGGUAUCCGCAGACGUAGUGAAUUUCCUUUGCAUCGAUGGGGUUGGACGGCUUGGGAAUCUCGACGAAUAGACGAGGAGUUUGAUCGGGUAGUGUUUAAGGAGCCCCGGCUAAUGGAAAUUAGAAGGCACGUGCAGGUGGGGCUUCUGUGUGCUCAGCAAGAUCGGACUGAUCGACCCACCAUGGCGGAUGUUCUUCAGAUGCUCAGUGGCAAAAAACAGCUGCCGACCCCAAAGAAGCCAACCUACACUGGAUCCUACGACAAAUGGAUUCCUCCUGGCAACCAUUCUGCAACGCACACCAACUUGCAUGGAGAAUGGGUUAUUCCUGACAGUCCUUCUGCCUGGUCAGAAGGAUCAUUGAGCCCCCGGUGAGGCAUCGGUUUGUCCCAAUAUGGCUUAGCUAUCUUGUAAUGAUACCCCUUUGUUGUCAUCUAUCUCAUCAUUCAUCUGUAAUUUUUUGUCCAUACAUAUGGUGUAUUAACUUCAGCAAAAACCUUGUUGGGCCCAACCACAGCACCGGGAGAUUAGUUUUUUUUAACAGCUAUACCAUCAAUAUACUUCAAACGAGAAUCA